AUGGGCUCUGCGACAGAUUCGUCCGCUCGGCAGCUCCUUCAAUUGAACAUCUACGAAAAUAGUUUGCAGUCUAGGAGUACAUUCUCGGUCUCGUAUAGCGUGGAGAAUAUCACCACAUUGGAGAGGGAAGGGGAGUGGUACUCGCCUACGGACGUCGCCAAUACGUCUGGAACCACAAUAUUGGUAUUGGAGGAUAAGGAGGAUGGCAUUAUCGACAAUAGUGAUGCGAUUGACUUCUUUCUGAAAGCUCGGCCCGACUUCGUCGUCUACCAUAUGACCCGUCCACUCGGUUCCGGGAAGCUCUGGGACGUGGUUCGCUUAGGACCUGUUAGGCGCGAUACUGGAAAGAAAGAUCCGAGAAAACUUGUUGUCGUAAUCUCUGCUGAGGACCUGCGUACCGAAGGUGUGGAAUUGUCCAAAGGUUUAUCCUGGGAAAAGACAUGCGAGGAUUUCGUGUUGAAUCUGAGAGCCAACGGCAAGCUAGCCACCCUUGUGACUUGUGCCCAUCUUGUUGUUCUCUUCGGGUGUGAUGGAGCGAUAUAUCGACAAGGUCAAUGGGACAACAGACAAGUAUUGUUCUUUGACCCAUCCGGAACGGAGGGUGGUUAUAUAAAAGGGAGAUGGGUGCCAGGUGUGACCGAGGCAUUUAUUGCAGGGAUGACCUCCCAUUUGGCUCAACAGCCACAGGCGACACUGGAUAAAGGCAUGAUAACUGGUCUCCACGCCGCUAGGCGUCUGGUGACCGAAGGAAUCCAUAGCCAAGGCACGAAGGCAUGUCCUGCUUAUCCGGUUGAGUUGGUGAUGGAGAACUCCAGACCUAAUAGUAUCCUGUCUACCACGAUACCUUCGGAAGAUAUCUGUGGUGGGGCUAAUCCGGACUGGAGUAUACUUAAAAGUCUCCCAGAAAGCGAUGUACUCGAAAUCGCUCGUGGCAUUGUACGGGAAGGACCACUUUCCGGUCUUCACCAAGUGCCCAUGGCGAAUUUCGAUAAGCUGUUCGUUUAUGACAGAAGGGAAAUGGAGAACUUCCGAUUUGUUCAUGAUGUCAUCGAGGCUUACGCUAGUGAUCAGUCCACAAGCCCUCUCAACAUUGCGAUUUUCGGCCCGGGUAGAUGUGGCAAAAGAUUUUCUGUGAUGGAGGUUGCAAACACAGCAUGUCAUUCCUAUAGAACCAGCCAUUUGCAUUUCAACCUGAGUGACUUCGAAGGUCCUAAUGAUUUGGCCAAUGCAUUCUAUGCAAUUCGCGACUCGACGCUGGAAGGGCGCUUGGUGAUUGCGUACUUCGAAGGCUUUGACAAUGAACUUCUCAACAAACCAUUUGGCUGGCUUUCAUAUCUGUCAUCCUGCCUAAGUUCAGGCACAUUCCACGACAAAAAUAAUACUAUACAGCAUAUAGGUCGGGCCGUAUUUCUUUUUGGAUCAAGCAACGCGGCAACAUUUGACGACUUCGAGAGACGAUUGCAAUCACUGGCAUUAUCUGGAAAGUCGAUGUCCAACUGUACAAAAUUCAUUGCUUGCAUACAAGGUACGGUGGACAUACGGGGCCCCGGACGUUGCGAUGUAUUUGAUUCCGUGUUUUCAGUUCGACGGGCUAUUAUAUUGCGAAACAUGUUGGUUGAUUUAGCAUCAUGCCCGACCGAUGGUCCGAACUUCUUAAUUGAGGACGAUGUUCUUGAUGGAUUGCUUCUCACUGCAUUACGCAAUGGGACGAGAUCUUUACGAACCCUGUUGGAGGUGUGUAGAUUUGACCAACGUCCAACUUUUGACCGGAUGGCUCUCCCAACGCCGUCUCAACUUAGACUGCACCUUGAUUACGAUGAGUUCAAGGAAUGCAUGGAUUCCCGGAGAAAUCAGGUGACUUAA